AUGCAUGAGAUGGAAAAGCAAUUGCAAAAUUCACAAGUACAGUUGGAUGAGAAAGAAGAACAGUUAUCUAACCAGAGAACACAACUGCUGGAGAUGGAAAAGCGAUUAAAAGACUCACAAGGACAGUUACAAAAGAAAGAAGAACUAGAAGAAAAGACCAAAAGACAACUGCACGAGAUGGAAAGGCAUUUGAAAGACGCACAAGGAAAGUUACGAGAGAAAGAAGAACAAUUUCUUAACUGUGAACUAUUAAUGCGUGAUAUGGAAAAGAAUCUCGAGGACCCACAAGAACAGUUAAAAGAACAAAAAUAA